UUUCAUUAGAAAGUAAGAAAAAAAAAAAAAAAAAAAAAAGUAAGAUAAUGAUCAAAAUUUCUGGCGUAAUCUCAUGUUACUUGAAACAUGAGGCGUUCAUUGUUCAUUCAUCGCAAAUGGAAAUUCAUCGGAAAUUUAUAAUUUGGAGUAUGGUUAAGGGAUGGAAGGACCAAGUGAAAUAAUAACGAUUUUCAUAGGACAGGCUGGCACGCAAAUAGCAAACGCUUGUUGGGAAUUAUUUUGUCUGGAACAUGGUGUGUCCCCAAACGGUUCUCUUCGUCAGGGCUAUUAUCCAAUGGACCCUUCUAUGCAUACUUUUUUUUCAGAGACACAAGCAAGAAAAUUGACGCCACGCACGUUAAUCAUCGAUUUAGAGCCCACUGUGAUCGACGAGAUUAGGACUGGCGUUUAUAAAGCUCUUUUCAAUCCCGAGUCAUUGAUCACUGGGAAAGAAGACGCGUCGAACAAUUUCGCGACGGGUUAUUAUUCCAUCGGUAGUGAGGCGAUCGUCCUUGUGUUGGAUCGCGUUCGUAGAAUAUGGGAAACAUGCUCGAAGCCAGCUGGAUUUAUCGUAUUCAGGUCGAUCAGCGGUGGUACCGGAAGUGGUUUCGCCACGCUGUUACUCGAACAUCUAUCACAGAAUUAUCCUAAGACGAUCACUCUAGACUUUGUUGUCUUUCCAUCACCUAACAUUGCCACCGUUAUCGUGGAACCUUAUAAUGCAGUCCUUACUACCCAUGGUGCAUUGGACCACGUGAAUUGUUCCUUCCUCGUCGACAACGAAGCUUUAUACAACAUUUGCGCCAGGAACUUGGAUGUUGAUUGUGCAACUUACACCAACUUAAAUCGCCUGAUGGCUCAAGUUGUUUCAAGCAUCACAGCUUCGAUGAGAUUCGAGGGUGCCAUAAAUCUUAGUCUCGAAGAACUACAAACAAACUUGGUGCCGUAUCAUAGAAUUCAUUUCACUUUGGCUACGUACGCACCGCUCAUCUCUCCCAGAAAAGCCAUGCAUUCCGAAAUUACCACCCAACAGAUCACCUACAGUUGCUUCGAACCUUCUAAUCAGAUGGUAUCAUGUGAUCCACGCGUAGGAGCUUACACCAGUUGCUGUUUGCUCUAUCGUGGAGACGUGGCACCAAAUGAUGUCAAUAGAACGAUCGCGUCGUUAAAGGGGGCGAAGUCGAUUCGUUUCGUCACUUGGAGUCCGACUGGGUUCAAGGUAGGAAUUAACUAUCAGCCAACUACAGCAGUUCCCGGAGGUGACCUAGCCAAGUCGAGGAGGACGGUAAUGAUGGCCAGCAACAAUACCGCUAUCAGAUAUAGAUGGUCGAUGCUUGUUCGGAAAUUCGACUUGAUGUUCCAGAAAAGAGCUUUCGUUCACCAUUACGUAGGUGAAGGCAUGGAGGAAGAUUCCUUCGGUGAAGCUUGCGACAACGUCAUAACUCUGAUUGAUGAUUAUAAGGAGGUCGAGAAGUGAUCUUUAAAUUGGCAAGCUCUAUAGCUUGAAACUUCCUUUCUCCGACAAUCAUGAAGAAUUUAAAAUGAGAAAACUAUAUAAAUAUACACUGGCUUGCGAAAGUAUUCCAACUCUUGUAGACAUCCUUUAUGAACACACUGUUACGUCGCGCGAGAUGGUCCAUGCGACAUCCUUCUCGGUCUGGCCGCCAAGGCCUACCCCUCGCAAUAAACCCAAGGAACCACCAUAAACCGAAUCUUUUUAGCUUAACUUCUAUUCACAUAAGUAUUUUCGGUUUAUGGAUGGUCCUUUGAACGGUCCUUGGGUUUGUUGCACGCUCUUGCUAAUUACGGAGAAAGCAGAUGUGCCCCGCGAAACAGCUGGUUUUUCCCAAGAACAAGGACACCCAUGAGCCACAUCUGCGGGAGACUUUCUCCUCGUAUUUUAUUUAUUAACAUUGGCUAUAACCAAUGGGCAUUGCGGAUCGUUACCCUCACUUUUCUACCGAAAGGUGUGAACAACGAAUCCGCGUUCUUAGUUCAAAAAGGGUACAGCCACAUCGAGCUUUCCUCCUAAAUAGUACGAGAUGGGUCUAACACUGCUCUUACACACCUCGGAUAGUCAACUCUACUGUUCUUUCGCUCAUCGGGCAGUCAAGUCUACUAUUCUAACAAGUUCUCGGCAUUCAACGCGCCAACUCUAUCAACCCUCGGGUCAAUCAUUAUACUUUCCCA